AUGGUGCAUGUAAUGACCAAUUCGCUUCUGGAAUCACGUUACACAUAUCAUUCGAUACUGAGCGAUGUUUGCAAGACGCGAUUUAAUCAUUUGGCGACACGAUUGUUGGUCAGCGCUUCUUUUUCAUUAGGGCUCAUCUCUGCUAUAUUUUGCCAAACCUGCGGGUCUAAAUGGGAAUACAUGAUUGUGAUUCCUUUCAGAGCUCUGCUGAUUUAUCUGGCUUCUCUUUUGGUGAUCAUUACACGAAAAAAUUAUCUGCAUGUGCAGUAUUUCGGGUACACAAGUAUAUUGACUCAAUUUUACGGACAGUUGUGCUCAAUAAAGGCAGCUGCCUAUGCGUUAAUCUACUUUUUCAGCGGCCUGAAUAUCUCGCAUGUCUUGCAUGGGUGCUUUUUUGGCAUCACGGAUGUAGAGUCAUCGAGCCUUUACAAAUUUGGAAUGUGGGUUUUAGUCCCACUAUUUUAUGCUGCUCAACAUGCCAUCUUUGAUAUGGAUCGCCUCUCAUUCCGUCAUGGAUCUCAGCACCAGCAUCCAUUAAGAUAUAUUUCGGGCAAGGUUAAAAAGUCUUCUAUGAAAUGUGGAGUGCUAAGUGCAAUAAUUUUUUUCUGUCUUCCAUUGUGCUCCAUCUACAUUCUCUCCUCGGGGGCGCCAAGCUUAUUUAUGAAUUUCAAGCUCACUUGCUUAUCCUUUGCGAUAUUUUCAAUCUGGGAAUUUAUCAACGUUGCCUUUGACGGAUAUCUCUCCGUGGGUUGUUUGCAUAGAGGCAAACCUCUUUCCUCAUUUUCUUCUACGCCUAUGGAAGCUCUAGUCACAGGUCUCUCAUCUCCAAAGCUUUUUACCAAGCUUACCGCAUUUCAGGAAUUAUCCUACAGGGCGACCUCUCCUGAUCUGGAGCUUAGAGUUCCUCUUUACCGCACGCGCUUUCGCAAUACGUCAGUCUGGCCUAGCAUUCUUAAAGAAUGCUUGCUCACGGUUCAAGCGUCAAAUGCGAGCGUGUCGCAUUUCAUGAAAAACGUAGACACUCGCCAGGAAAGACUGAAAAGGGCGGAAACAGAGAAAAUUGACGAUGUUCAUAUCGAUCCUAACACAGAGGUUCUUUUCGGAAACAAACAUGUGAUCUCUACUGGCUUAAGCACCAAACUUCCAGGGUCUCAUGGCAUGCCAGAAGGAUUGAAUCAUAGAAUAAAACUACAAAAUAACGAGGUCUUUUUAGGGCAAGAUCACACUCCAAGUUCCAGGCCAUUUAGGAUAUCACCCGCGCCGAGAAAUUCUCUUUUAACAGAAAAAACGGCGUUAUUGGUUAUUCUUAAUGACAUCUCGUCUUAUUUCAAGCAACUUGUCACCACAUUUUUUGCUCCUGGCCAGGCCGAGGAUAGCGCUCCGCAAAUUUCAUUUUUCGAUCUUUGGCGCAUUUCAAAGCGAAAACAGGCUGAGAAAUUAGUCCCUCUACCGGUGUGCUAUGCUGAAUGUCUAAUAGCGUUAAUGGGACUGCUUAUCAAUGCACUCGAAGAAGAUCCUAAGGGCAGUGUGGUUUCCUCAGUCGGAGAAGUUUUGAAACUACUCGAACGAUCCGUUGGAGCCCUUGGCGCAUAUGCCGAAUGGGAAGAACCAUCAGUUGCAAAUGAAGCAAGUUUGCCUGAUGCUGUCACAAUCCUCUAUGAUCUCUCCAUCAAUGCGUUUCUCGAGGUCGUUCUGCGAUAUAAUGACCUUCUCAAUAGUGUUUACCUUGAUGAGGACGUGGUCAAACUAAGCAAGUGGGUCUUGGAAAUCUAUAACGAAAAGGCAUGUAUGAUUUAG